GAUUCAGAGAAAAGCCCUGAGCAGCAAAAGCACGAGGCAGAGAUCCUGCAGGAGAUGCUGGACGUGGUAGACAUGAGGGAUUCACUGGUGGCCUUUCUGGAGGAGAAGAGGCUGAAGGAGGUCAAUGAUCAAUUUAAUUCAAGCCUGGAUGCCAAAAGACGUUCAACCACAGCCUCCCAGGUCCACUGGGAGUAAAACAACAUAAAAACACACACAUCUACUGGCUUAAAAUACACACCACAACACCUUAAUGAAGUCGUUCAUCUGACAGUUACAAUUCUGCCAUCAUUUAUACACUCUCAUGUCAUAUAAAGUCCAUAUAAAUUCCAAUAUCUUCUGUAAUAUUAUAAGAAAAAUGUACUGCUAGAUAAUAAAGUUUGAGGUAAGAGUGAACAAAAAGUCCAAAUUGUGUGUCGAGAACUUCAAAAUUAUUGAAAAUUGCACUAUAUAAACUUAGAAUCAUGAAAAGGUUUAAAAUUGCAUCAAAUAAAUCCGCAAAAUUGCUUAUUUCCAACAUCUCAAAAAAGCCUAAUCAAGGAAAAAAAAGAGAGUAAUAGAUGUUAUAAUUCUCAGUUACAAGAACAGAACUAUGAGAUGUAUACUAUGAGAAUUGCAACGUAAAAAGUCUGAAUUGCAAAAUAUUAUAUAUAUUAAAAAAAAUAGAUCCUAUGUCCUCAGAACAGAAGUUAAAAUUGCAAGAUGUGUAAAAUCCUAAUAAAUGUCAACCAAAUAUAAUAAAAAUAUGAACUAUGACAAACUAAAAUUUGAAAUCUGAGGGGAAAAGUCAAUAUUGUAAAAUGUAAACUUAAAAUCUUGAAAACAGAGCAAAAUCGUAUGAUGUAAAAAUAAAUCUAAAGUUAGUUAUGAAAUUAAAAGUUAGAAUUAUGAUGUAAAAAUUCUGUGUGGAACAGUCAAUCCUCUCAAACCCGUCUGGGUCCAGUCCAGAACUGGACUCCUAGAACAACUAGGAGGCUUGUUAAGACUUGGUCCGCAAAAAAAUGAUGGUGCACCCAGGAAAGCACGUCGGUGAUGGUUUUUUACAGUGCCCUAGAAUCCACAGGAAGUGAGAAAAUAUUUUACAGACAGAAAUUAAUAAUAAUAAAAAAUAGCUAAUUAUUAUUUGUAAAAAAAAAUGGACACUAAGUUCUCAGAAAAAAGGUUAAAAUUGCAAGAUGGGUAAAAUCCUAAUAAAUGUCAACUUGUAAUUAUUAUUAAAAACAAACUGUUACCUACUAAAAUAUUAAUUCUGAGGGGAAAAGUCAAAAUUUUUAUAUGUAAACUUAUAAUCUUGAAAAAAAAGAAAUCUAAAUUGUAAGAUGUAAACAUAAAUCUAAAGUUAGAUAUGGAAUAAACAUUAGAAUUGUGAUGUAAAAAGUCUGUGCGGUAUACCAGUCAAUUCUCCCAAACCCGUCUGGGUCCAGUCAGACCAACUGGGAGGCUUGUUAAGGCCUGGUCCACAAAAAAUAAAUAAAUAAAUAAAUGGCACACCCAGGAAAGCACUUCAGUGCAAGUGGUAUUAUUUCAGUGCUGUAGCAUCCACUAGAGGUAAGAGAAUAUUUACAAGUGACAAAAAUUAAUAAUAAUAAAAAAAUUUGCUAAAUAUUAUUUAUAAAAAAUAGAUUCUAAAGGCUUAAAAAGGAUAAAAUUGCAAUACGUGUAAAAUCCUGAUAAAUGUCAACUUGUAGUUGUAAUUAAAAGAAAACUAUUACAUAUUAAAGUUUGAAUUCUGAGGGGAAAAGUCAGAAUUGUAAGAUGUGAAUGUAUAACCUUGAGAAUAAAUCAAAAUUUUUUGAUGUAAACAUAAAUCUAAAGUUAGAUAUGAAAUUAAAAGUUAGAAUUGUGAUGUAAAAAUUCUGUGGAACAGUCAAUCCGCUCAAAUCCGUCUGGGUCCAGUCAGAACAACUGGAAGGCUUGUUGCAAAAAAAAUAAAUAAAUGAUGGUGCACCCAGGAAAGCACGUCGGUGAUGUUUUUUUACAGCGCCCUAAAAUACACAGGAAGUGAGAAAAUAUCUUACAGACAGAAAUGAAUAAUAAUAAAAAAUAGCUAAUUAUUAUUUGUAAAAAAAAAAAAAAAAGAUUCUUAGUGCUUAAAAAGGAUAAAACUGCAAGACGUGUAAAAUCCUGAUAACUGUCAACUUGUUGUAUUUAAAAACAAACUAUCACAUACUAAAGCUUGAAUUCUGAGGGUAAAAGUCAAAAUUGUAAGAUGUAAUUGUAUAACCUUGAGAAUAAAUGAAAAUUGUAUAAUGUAAACAUAAAUCUAAAGUUAGUUAUGAAAUUAAAAGUUAGGAUUGUGAUGUAAAAGGUCUGCAUUGCAAAAUAUUAUAUAUAAAAAAAUAGAUCCUAAGUCCCCAGAAAAAAGCCAAAACCUCAAAAUUGCAAGAUGUAUACUUAUAAUCCUGAAAAUUAACCCAAAUUGUAUAAUGCAACCAUAAAUUUAAAGUUAGAUAAAAAAUAAGUCAGAAUUGUGAUGUAAAAAGUCUGAAUUGCAAAAUAUUUUUUUUAUAAAAAAUUGAUCCUAAGUCCUCAGAAAAAAAGGUUAAAAUUGCAAGAUGUGUAAAAUCCUGAUAAAUGUCAACUUGUAGUUUUAAUUAUUGAAUUAAAAUAAAAUUGCUAAUUUUAGGGGAUGUCCAUGCAAUAAUAUAAAUGGUCAAAAAGAGGAAAACAAAACACCAUAAAAACUUAACAUUUAUAUGCAAUACUUCAAAACUUCUGACAUAAAUGAUAAAAUCUCAGUUUGAACAUCUUGCAUCUGUUUUAUCAAGGAAAAGAUAGAAAAUCAUAACCAUUUAUAUGAGCAUGAGGGUGAAUUAAUGCUAGCAGAAUAUAUAUGUAUAUGUUAAUGCUGGUCAAUGAUUAAUCGCAUCCAAAAUGUCAUACGAAAAAGAAAGUGUGUGCCGUGUAUAUUUAUUCUGUAUAUAUAAACACACACAUUCAAGAUCAUUUGUAUUUAGGUGUAAAAUAUAGACAUACUGUAUAUGAUACAAAUUUAUAUAGCUAUAAAAACAAAAUAGAAUUGUAUAGUUUUAUGUAUGUGUGUGUGUCACAUUUGCAUAAUAAAUAUACACAAAUAUAUUAUGUCAAAACAACCUUUUUUAUUUGCUUAAUUGCGAUUAAUCCUUGCCCAUAUAUACGUAUUUGUUGAACUGUCUCUUUAAUUAUUCAUGCAUAUUAUAAUCAACCACAACAAUGACUUGCAGACACACAUUGCACAACUCUGUGCAGAGACUCUGCUCUCGAAAACCAAAGCGUUCAACACAUCUGUGCACACAUGUUUAUAUGGCAGAUGCUACAGUCUCGCUCCGAACACGAAUGUGCUUUCAAACGGAGACUCUGAAGCCUGGAAAAUGUUUGGAUCUUCACAGCUGUCCCAGCCUUCACUGCCCGGAUUAUGGCCUUUCACUAGACCAAUGGCAUAAAAACCCCUGACCGAACGCAGGAUCUGCUUGGGCAGACGUUUGCGCACAUCUGUGCCGUUUAUAUAUUGCAUCUCGCACUUUUAUAAUAGUUUAUGGCAGGGGUCACCAAACUCGUUCCUGGAGGGCGUGUCCUGCAGAUUUUAGCCCCAACCCUAAUCAAACACACCUACAUAAGCUAAUCAAGGUCUCACUAGGUAUACUUGAAACAUCCAGGCAGGUGUGUUGAGGCAAGUUGGAGCUAAACCCUGCAGGGACACCGGCCCUCCAGGACCGAGAUUGUUGACCCCUGGUCUGUAGAGAUCACGGAUGUUCUGAAUAUCACAGUUGCGGAAGCUUAUUUCUGUCAGGAACUAAUAAAUAGAAAGUUUAAAGGUUAAUUGAGACAUUUUUCAUAAGUUUUUACUUACAAUUCUGAGUUUACAUUUUGUAAUUAUGAUUUUGUUUUGAUUGUGUGAUAUAAACAUUUGAAUUCAGAGAAAAAAAACUGAAAUAGAUGUGAAAAUCUUUUAAAAAAAGUCACAUUUCUGACAUUUUAUAAACUCAGAAUCGCUGGAAAGAGGAACUUAGAAUUGCAGUUUUUAUUAGCUGUUAAUUAUAAGGCUGUAAUUGUCAUAUAAAAAAUAUUUCACAAUGUUAAAAAGUUUGCAUUGCAAACAGUUAUGAGACAAAAAUAGUCGCGUAAAAUAAUGGUUAAAAUUGUCAAAUGUCAAGAAAUAAUAAGAUGUUAACUUGCAAACUUGUUAUUAUAUUAAAAACAAACUGCUACAGUAGAUACUGAAAUUUGAAGUUUCUGAGUGAGAAAUAGUCAAAAUUGUAUGAUGUGAACUAAUUAAGUAUUCAAAAUUGCACCAGAAACACUCAAAAUCAUGAGAAAGUUAGAAAAGUGCAUCAGAUAAACUCAAAUUUCCUCAUUUCCGACUUCUUAGAAACACAGAACCAAGAAAAAAAGAAACUGCAAAAGCUCUCAAUUGUAAGACCAGAACUGUGAGAUCUGAAAAAAGAUUUAAUUGCGAUGUAAAAAGUCUGAAUUGCAAAAUAAUAUAUUAAAAUAAAGUUUGAAGUUCUUAAAAUUGCAAGAUGUGUAAAAUUCUGAUAAAUGUCAACUUGUGAUUAUAAUUAUAAACAAACUGUUACAUACUAAAAUAAUAAUUAUGUGGGCAAAGAAACUUAAAAAUGAGUCAAAAUUGUGAGCUUAAAAUCUGGAAAAUAUGUCAAAACUAUAGAUGUAAACUUAUAAUCCUGAAAAUAAAAGAAAAUUGUUAGAUGUAAACUUAGAGUCGAAGUCAAAAUCGUGAGAUGUAAAAGUUUUACCUUAAAAAAAAAACAAAAUGGUAAAAUGUAAAUUUAUAAUCUUAAAAAUAAAUCAAGUGGGUAAGAUUUAAACUUGUAAUCUUGAAAAUAUUUCAAGAUUGUUAGAUGUGAACUUAAUAAUUUUUUAUUUAUUUUCAUGAUUAUAAAAUGUGUACUUGGAAUCUGGAAAAUAUACCAAGAUGUAAACGAUGAUCUUGAAAAUAUGUCAGAAUUGUUAGAUGUAAAGGUGGAAUCUUUUGAAUAAAUCAAAAUUGUAAGAAGUAAAUUUAUAAUCUUUAAAAUAAAAUUUUAAGAUGUAAACUUAAAUAAAAUCAAAAUGAAUAAAUACGUAAUUGUAUAAUCAUGAAAAUAGGUCAGCAUUGUAAGAUUUAAGCUUGGAAUCUGGAAAACAAAUCAACAUUGUAAGAUGCAAACUUAAUUAUAAAUAUAGUACGAUAUAAAUUCAUAAUCUGGAAAAUAUGUCAAACUUGUACCUAUUUAAACCUAUAAUCUGGAAAAUAAUACAAAAUUGUAAGAUAUACAUUUAUAAUCUAGAAAAUAAGUUAAGUUUGUAAAAUGUUUACUUGGAAUCUUAAAAAUAAAUCCAAAUUGUUAGAUAUAAAUCUACAAUCUUAAAAAUAAAACUGUAAAAUGUAAAAUUAUAAUCUGGAAAAUUAGUAAAAAUAGUAAAAUGUGAAUUUAUAAUCUGGAAAAUAAGUCAAAAUUGUACACUGUAAAAAAAAAAACGUAAUUUUACAGAUAAAUUACAGAAAUGUUCUGUAAAGGGGUUGAAUUACAGAAAUUUACCAGAAAUUUAAACUUAAGUUAAUUUCUGUAAUUUAAUGUAUGUUAUUUUACAGUAAAUUCCUGUAAUUUAACGGCCGUUAUUUAACGUUUUUUUCCGGCACCGCAGCUGCUGAAAAUAAACCGUAAAAUUACGGAUUUAUUUUUUUUUUUACAGUGUAGAUGUACUGUAAGUGUAUGAUCUUGAAACUAAGACAAAAUCCUUCAAACUUAGAAUCUGGAAAAGAAGUCAAAAUUGUAAAAUGUAAACUUAUCUCGAAAAUAAAUAAAUAAUUCUAAGAUAUAAAUUUAUAAUCUCGAAAAAUAAAAUUUAAAACAUGUCAACUUGGAAUCUGGAAAAGAAGUCAAAAUUAGACAUGUGGGCCUAAAAUCUGUAAAGUCAAAAUCGUGAGAUGUAAGUUUAAUACCUUAAAAAUAAAUCAAAAUGGUAUGUAAACUUAUAAUCUUGACAAUAAAUGAAGAUUGUAAGAUGUCAAUUUAUAAUCUUGAAAAUAAAAUUGUUAGAUAUAAACGUAUAAUAUUGGCCAUAAAUGAAACUUGUAAAAUGUCAAUUUAUAAUCUUGAAAAUAAAUCAAAAUUGUAAGAUGUAAAAAAAAACAACUUAUGCCUGUAAGAUCAAUUAUAACCCAAAACAAUCUUAAAGAUUUCAAAUAGUUGAUAAAAAGUCACAAUUAUCUUUUUCUUUUCUUUUCUUUUUUAAAAACAAGAAAACAAGCUUCCAUACAAACUCUCCUUAUUAAAAAAAUCUAUUAUAUAAACGGUAUUUACACAUGUAUGAAGUUGUACUUGACAGAAGCAACCAAUAUCACGUCUUAAUCAGCACUUGGCAUUGUAUUAUUAUCACUAUAUUCCAGCUCGGCGACAUUAAGAGGUUUCAGUAUCACUAUGGGCUUUAGUGCAAUGUGUUCUCCUCAUUGUAGAAGUGGAUGUGUAUUUUCUUACUCUUAAUACUUAUAACUAUAACGCACAUCUUUUUAUUCAGAUUAUUAUUGAUUGUUUUGGUCUUUUCUGCAUGGUCAUGGUUUUGACUCUCAGGGUUUCAUCCGCCUGCUCCGGUUUACAAUGCGUUAUCAUUAUUCGAAACAAUUUAUAUGGUGUGUAUAUAUAUGAGUUCAUUUAUUUAGUUGGUACUUUUCUAUGUGUUUGCUAAAGUGGUUUUCAUUUUUGAGGCAUUUGAGAAUAAUAAGUGGCAUUAACUCUCGUCGGAGAGAAUAUUUGUGCUAGUGUUUUGGGAACUGUGGUGUAUUCUGCUGUUUGCUUUUGCUCCCUGAUUGUAUUUCUUUUCUUCAAACAUAUUCACACACACACAGCUGUGGUUUCUUUUCUAUGGGGACGCUAAUUCACUCAAUAUGCUAAUAAAACAUCCAGCACUUUA